UCCCAGAAGCUAGCGUGCCUACAACAAAGAUGGAUUCUUCUAGCGCCGACCUCGCUUUUCAAGUAGACAUAGCAGCCAUCUUUCUUAAGGGCAAAGGAGCAAGCCGGAAAAGUCUCCGGCUCACUUGUCUCCGGAACGCCAGACGCUUUAAAUUACUGAGUGUCCAAUCGGAAUCCAGCUUUCUCAUCGGAAUCGUCCUACCUCACGGCCGGAAAAGGCCGUGCGUCAGCGCGCUGGGCGGAAGUGGCGGGAGGGCGGUGGUGGGUAGUUGGCGGGUGGUUGACUAGAGCCGGCCGCCAUGUCCGCAGGGAGCGCGACACAUCCUGCCGCCGGCGGGCGCCGCAGCAAAUGGGACCAACCGGCUCCAGCCCCGCUUCUCUUUCUUCCGCCAGCGGCCCCAGGUGGGGAAGUCACCAGCAGCGGGGGGAGUCCUGGGGCCGCCACCACGGCUGCUCCCUCCGGAGCCUUGGAUGCGGCCGCUGCAGUGGCCGCCAAGAUCAAUGCUAUGCUCAUGGCCAAAGGGAAGCUGAAACCGUCGCAGAAUGCCGCCGAGAAGCUGCAGGCCCCUGGCAAAGGCCUAACUAGCAAUAAAAGCAAGGAUGACCUGGUGGUGGCUGAAGUAGAGAUUAACGAUGUGCCUCUGACGUGCAGGAACUUGCUGACUCGAGGGCAGACUCAAGAUGAGAUCAGUCGGCUUAGUGGGGCUGCUGUGUCAACUCGAGGAAGGUUCAUGACGACUGAGGAGAAGGCCAAAGUGGGACCUGGGGAUCGUCCAUUGUAUCUUCAUGUUCAGGGGCAGACCCGGGAGUUAGUUGACAGAGCUGUAAACCGAAUCAAAGAAAUAAUCACCAAUGGAGUGGUAAAGGCUGCCACAGGGACAAGUCCAACUUUUAAUGGUGCGACAGUCACUGUCUACCACCAGCCGGCUCCCAUCGCUCAGCUGUCUCCUGCUAUUAACCAGAAGCCUUCCUUCCAGUCAGGAGUAGGUUUUGGCAAGAGGUUGUUUGUUCUAACCCUAAUGUCUGUGCAAAAUAAUACAUAGUAAGAAAAACAAUGUCAAAGUUCCAACCUGAGAAUUACCUGCUUUUUCAUUUUUGUUUAUUUAUAUGUAUUUUUUGAGGCAGAGAUUCCUGUAAUUCUGAUUAUCUGGGUUAUGGAAUUAAAAGCAUCUAAAUAUCUCAGAUUGACAGAAUUUACAAAAGGGGAUUGGUAGUUCAAAGGGUAGACAGAUUGUGU